AGAUGCUGUGGGGAGCGGGGAGGGGACACCGGGGAUACACCGGGAGAUGCUGUGGGGAAUUGGGCGGCGACGCGGGGGAUGGACUGAGAGCUGGGGAGAACGGGGGGAUGGAGCCAGGAGUGCACCGUAGGAUAUGUUGGGGAUGCUCUGGAAAACCGGAGGUGGGAGACAGGGGAUGUACCAGGGGGAGCAGCGCGGUCUCCGGGGCUCUGGGAGCACCAGGGAUGUACCCGGGAUUGCUCUGGGGGCAUUGGGAACGGGACAAAGGGGUGCAGCAGUGGACACUGCGGUGACACAGAGCUGCACCAGAGGAACUGGUGACACUUAGGAAGGAUGGGAUGGCACCCAGCAGGACCUCGACAAGGGUGGGUUGUCCAGGUUGUCCUGUCCAGGGACAAGGUUCCCAUUGGAACCUCGUAGGGGUAAACAAGGCCAAGGACAGGGUUGGCACACGGGUCAGGACAGCUCCUGAGAUAAGUGCAGGAUGGGGGUGAUGGGAUGGAGAGCAGCCCAGAUGAGAGGAAUCUGGGGGGAUGAAAGGCUGGAUAUGACCUGACAAGGUGUGCUGGCUGCCUUGGAAAGCCACCCAUGUCCUGGGCUGUGUCACUGGCAGCGUGGGCAGUAGGUGAGGGGAAUCGUCCUCCUCUGCCCCACUGAGGUGAAAUCCCACAUGGAGCACUGUGUCCAGUCCUGGGGUCCUUGUCAUGGAAGGACAGGGAGCUGCUAGAGCAAGUCCAGAGGAGGCCACAGAAAUCCUCCAAGGGCUGAGAACAGGCUGGGAGAGCUGGGAUUGCUCGGCAUGGAGAAAAGAAGGCUCCAGUGAGAGGUAGAGCCCUUUCCAGUUCUUAUAGGGGCUCCAAGAGAAGUGGAGAGGGACUUGGGAUGAGGCCGUGGAGUGACAGGACAAGGGGGAAGGUCUCCAAAGUGGGAAAGGGGAGGUGUAGAUUGGAUAUUAGGAAGAAAUUCUUUACAGUGAAGGUGGUGAGGCACUGGAGUGGAUUUUCUGGAGAAGCUGUGGCUGCCCCAUCCCUGGAAGUGUUCGAGGCCAGGCUGGAAAGACUUGGAGCAACCUGGUCUGGUGGAAGGUGUCUCUGCUCACGGGGCAGGAUGGAACUGGAUGGGUUUUAAGUCCAAGGUGGAGGACAUCGUGCAGGAGGUCUAUGAUGCCUACAAGACAAACCAUCACUCCUCACAGUACGUCCUGCAGCGGGAGAAGCACUUCCAUUACCUGAAGAGAGGUCUUCGGCAGCUCACUGAAGCCUAUGAGUGUCUGGAUGCUAGCCGCCCCUGGCUCUGCUACUGGAUCCUGCACAGCCUGGAGCUGCUGGAUGAGCCCAUUCCCGAUUCGGUGGCCUCUGAUGUCUGCCAAUUCCUGAGGCGGUGCCAGAGCCCCCAGGGUGGAUUUGGGGGGGGCCCCGGCCAGCACCCCCACCUCGCCCCCACCUAUGCCGCCGUCAACGCACUCUGCAUCAUCGGCACCGAGGAGGCCUUCGGCGUCAUCGACAGGAAGAAGCUCUUGGAAUACCUGCACUCGCUGAAGCAGCCGGAUGGCUCCUUCCUCAUGCACGUGGGUGGAGAGGUGGAUGUCAGGAGCGCCUACUGCGCCGCCUCAGUGGCCUCACUGACCAACAUCCUGACGCCCACUCUCUUCGCUGGGACAGCCGAGUGGAUUGCCAGGUGCCAGAACUGGGAGGGUGGGAUUGGUGGCGUGCCAGGCAUGGAGGCACAUGGCGGCUACACUUUCUGUGGUGUGGCCGCGCUGGUCAUCCUCAAGCAGGAGCAUUUGCUGAACCUCCGGAGCUUGCUGCACUGGGUGACCGGGCGGCAGAUGCGCUUUGAGGGCGGAUUCCAGGGCCGCUGCAACAAGCUGGUGGAUGGGUGCUACUCCUUUUGGCAAGCUGGGCUCCUGCCCCUGCUCCAUCGGGCACUCCAUGCCAGGGGCGAUCCAGCGCUGAGCAUGGCACACUGGAUGUUCGACCAGCUGGCACUGCAGGAAUACAUUCUCCUGUGCUGCCAGUGCCCAGCUGGCGGGCUGCUGGAUAAGCCAGGAAAAUCCCGGGAUUUCUACCACACCUGCUACUGCCUGAGUGGGUUGGCCAUUGCACAGCACUUUGGAAGUGGAGAUCUCCACAAUGAGGUGGUUUUGGGUAUCCCUGAGAAUUGCCUGCAGGCCACACACCCUGUCUACAACAUUGCCCCGGAGAAGGUGGCGAGGGCGGUGAUGCACUUCCUGCAGUAUCCUGUGCCCAGCCUGGAUCCGCCAUCCGCUGCUGAGUAGGGGGGUCCUGCUGCUGGCUCGGGGUGCCGAGCCCCGGCAGGGAGUGGCACAGCCCAUCCCCGCGGCGGCCUGGCCAGGCAGAGCAUGGUGCUCAGGGUGCUAGCAAUACCAAAAUCCAGCCUGCUCCAGGCCGGGUGUCCUGCUGCCAUCCUGGCCAGAGCUGAGGUGGGACAUGGGCUCUGACAGAGCUUUUUGGCAUCAAUAAACCAGAAGUCACACCCGCCGUGUGCUGGUGGCCCCGGGGAUGCGGGGCAGGAGGUGAUGCCACGUCUGGAUCCGGUGGCACCAACUUCCCCCAUUCCAAGAACACACGGUAACCACGGGGGAAGAUAAAAUAAGUGGAAUUUUG